AUGGCGUCCCUCAGAGGAAAGGUGAUUGCUGUGACUGGCGCAGGCGGCGGCAUUGGAUCGGUCACCGCAAGAUUUCUUGCCUCCAAAGGGGCCAGCCUUGCGCUGGCCGACAUGGAUGUCAAAGGGUUGAACCGGGUGACUGAAGAAAUUCGCCAAAAGUAUCAAAGCAGCGUGGUCACGACCAAGGUGGACGUCUCCGACUCCCAGCAAGUGGACGCCUGGAUCACCUCGACGGUCAAACACUUUUCUAAACUCUCAGGUGGUGUGAACCUGGCUGGGACAGUUGGCAAGGAGUUUGGGCUGAAGCAAGCACAUGAAAUCUCCGAUGCGGACUUUGACUUGGUCAUGGCGAUCAAUGUCAGAGGUCUCAUGGCAUGCCAACGGGCACAGUUGCGGUACAUCGAGGACGGCGGAUCGAUCGUUAACGCGGCCAGCGUCUCAGGAAAGAUGGGCAUUCCCAAAGCAGCAUCUUACGCUGCCAGCAAGCAUGCGGUCAUUGGGCUGACGAGGGUCGCCGCGGCCGAAAAUGGCCAUCGCAACGUUCGGGUGAAUGCGAUUGCACCAGGAGCUAUCGACACUAAGAUGCUAGAUCUAGCGAAGGAAGCAGGGGGUGCUGUGAGCGGGCAAGGAAUGUCUCCAAUCAAACGGAUGGGCAAGCCAGAGGAAGUGGCAAAGUUGAUUGCAUUCUUGUUGAGCGAUGACUCUUCAUUUACGACCGGCGCAGUCUACACAAUUGACGGUGGCAUGACUCCUUAG